UGCAUGUGUAGAGACUAAACAACACUUCAUCUGAACUAUAAAACUUUGCUUAACCGAAGGAUCCUGUUUCAGUUGUUCUGUACACUGACAAUGGCCAGAAGACAUCUGAUGUUGUGGAUCUUGGCUCUGUGUCUUUCACUUGAUCCCACAGUCGGUCACAUUCCUGAACUAGAUGGAACAAAGGUGUAUGAGAUUGUCCGACCAAUCAGAUUACAUGCACUACAAAAAAGAGACUCAAAGUCAAGACCUGACACAGUGAAAUAUGCUAUGACGCUGGGUGGUAGAGACAUUGAAAUGCACCUCCAGAAAAAUGAUGGCCUACUGACGAAAGACUAUAGCGAAACAUUUUACACUGAAGAUGGGAUGCUUGUCACGACCACACCUGAGGAUCUGGAUUUAUGCUAUUAUCAAGGGAAAAUAGUCAAUGACAGCAAGUCAUCGGUCAGCAUGAGCACCUGUGAUGGAUUACGAGGCUAUUUCAAAACAGAGGAGCAGAGGUUUCUGAUUGAGCCGUUGUCUGAGGAUGGUGAUGGUGACCAUGCUGUCUUUAAGUAUGGAGAUGUAAAUGAAGAGACGCCUAGAGUGUGUGGAGUCACCAACACUACUUGGGACGAGAGAGAGGAAGGCGCUCCUCCACGCAUUCUCCCAAGUCGUUCUCGUUCCUCAGGGCCAACUUUGUUCCAGCAACAAAAAUAUAUCGAGCUCUUCCUUGUGGCAGACAACCGCGAAUACAAGAAAAUGGACAGCGAUCUUCAGAAGUUAAGAAAGAGGAUAUUUGAGAUCAUCAAUUACAUCAAUAAUGCAUAUAAAGAAAUCAACACAUUCAUCGCUCUGACUGGAUUUGAGGUCUGGACAGAUAGCGAUAAGAUAACGGUUUCUUCUGUUGCUGGAACAACUUUAGACAGCUUUACCCAGUGGAGGAACAGCGAACUCGUAACGAGACAGCAGCACGACAACGCUCAGCUCCUUAGUGCAAUCGACUUUGAUGGAGCAACUGUGGGUCUAGCUUACAUUGGAACUCUGUGUGGAGGUCUUUCAACAGGGAUUGUGCAGGAUCACAACUCUAACGCUAUAGCAGUGGGGGCUACUAUGGCCCAUGAGAUGGGGCACAAUCUGGGCAUGAGUCAUGACAGCAGCAGCUGCGUUUGUUCUGAUGGCACGUGCAUUAUGACAGCUGCUCUCAGCUAUUUCAUCCCUCAACACUUCAGCAGCUGCAGUACUAGUAGCUAUACAGACUUCCUGAACAACAGAGUCCCACAAUGUCUUAUGAACAUGCCCAAACCAAAGGAACUGAUUCAGCCACCUGUAUGUGGAAAUGGAUUUGUGGAGAUAGGAGAACAAUGUGACUGUGGAACAGUGCAGGAGUGUACAAACCCAUGCUGCAAUGCCACCACCUGCAAAUUAACAGAGGGCUCACAAUGUGCAACUGGGGAUUGUUGUGAGAAUUGUAAGAUCAUGUCAGCCGCACAUGUGUGUCGUCCGAAAAACGAUGACUGUGAUUUGCCCGAGUCAUGCACUGGAAAAUCAGCCAUGUGUCCUGAAGAUGUCUUUACAGUCAAUGGAAUCCCUUGCAGUAAUGGGAAAGGCUAUUGCUACAAUGGCCAGUGCCCACAGAGAGAGGAGCAGUGCAUUAAAAUGUGGGGUCCAACUGCUGUGCUGGCUCGAGAAUAUUGCUAUAACCAGAACACAAGAGCGGAAUACUACGCCUACUGCAAACGCAUUGGCAAUACAUAUAUUGGAUGCCAAAAACAAGAUGUGAUGUGUGGAAAACUGUUCUGUGAAGGCGGAAAUGGAAAUCCCAAUUAUGGACGGCUAGUACAAUUCAGCACUUGUAAAGCCACAUUCUACGGCGAUGCUAACAGCGAUUAUGGUCAAGUCGAUACUGGCACCAAAUGUGGGGAAGGAAUGGUUUGUAACCAGAACGAGUGUGUUGACCUAGAGAUAGCUUACAAAGCAACAAACUGCUCUGCCAAGUGCAGAGGACAUGCGGUUUGUGACCACAGAAAGGAGUGCAGAUGUGAAUCUGGAUGGCUGCCUCCAGAUUGUGUAACACAAGCAGGAAGUGAAGGUUCUUCUAAAGGUGUGACAAUAACCAUUAUCGUGGUUGUCUGUAUCCUGAUUGGGAUACUUCUAAUUGGACUCUCCAUCUUCUUUUGGAAGCGCAAAAAGAGCACGCCACAUUCAUUUGGCCAUCAAAGGCAGCAGAAAGUUCAUGUUGUGGACAUCCCUGACAACAGCCAUAAGUCGACACCAACUCCGGCAAUAAGACCUUCAGCACCUCCUCCACCUCCACCCUCUUCAGAUCAAUCCAGAGCUCUGCAUAAUGACUACAUCAGUGCACGACAGGCCCUUAGACCACCUCCUCCAAGGGUGUGAUGUCUAGCACCUGUCAAACCUCAAGAAGUGAACACACUCCAGCACACUCCAGCGCCUGCAGACUGGAUAGUGUGUUACCAGCCUGAGGCUUGGGAAACUUUUCAAGAGAAAAAAUAAACCACAUGCUUUGCAGAAAUAUGAGACCAACACACCUAAAUGAAUUUUACAGCACAUAAAAGGUUUUCCUUAAAUGACAAGAGGAAUUUCUGUUUUUGUUU